GCGUGCAGGGGCUCAGGGCUGCAGCUCGUGGGGCCAUGGCAGGAGCCAAGGGGGAGUAGAGGCUGCUGGAGAGUCAGAUCUAUGGAUGGGACAGGUGUGGGGCAGGAUGCCAUGAAGAACUGCACUGACCAGGAGUACUGGGACACCCUCGUUUUCCAGUGCAUCCCCUGCAGCCUCACGUGCAGCCAGCCCCAGAGCAGGAGGUGUGAUGCUGUGUGUGAGUCCAUGGACUGCAACAGGAGACCUGGAUUUUACUACGAUGAGCUUGUGAAGAAGUGCAUCAAGUGCAGCUUGGUGUGUGGGCAGCACCCCAAGGAAUGUGCCCUGUCCUGCGAGCCCACGCCCGCGGGGCCGGCGGCGCUGGAGCAGCGGGGAUGCGCGGAGCAGGACCCGUGGCUGGUGCUGUACCUGCUGCUGGGGCUCUGCCUCUGCAGCCUCGCCUGCUCCCUGCUGCUGGGCUGGACUCACCUGCGCAGGAGGGGACAGGGCGUGUCCUGCCAGGCCAGCGCUGGGACCUGCCGCCGCACGGAGGACCCUGCCAGAGAUCGGCUGGUGGAGGCUGGCAGUGUUGGUGAUGGAUUCACCAGCAUCAGAAUCCCAGAGCCAGUGGAAACCUGUGGCUUCUGCUUCCCUGGACAUGGCUCUGCUGUACAAGAGACCAAGUCCUGCCCCAGCAGCUCCUGUCACCCUGGGGAAAGGGCUGCUCCCUCCUUCUCUGGGAUCUGCAGCACGGGAAGCGCUGGGGCCGUUCCCAGCCCUGACGACGGCCACUUCAAAAUCAUCUGCUCUCCUUCCCAAGAGAAGACACCCGUGGUGUGACCACAGUGGAUGUCCCAGCACGGGGUCAGAGUGGAGGGAUGCUCCCUCUGCCCCAAACCAAAGCUGCUUCACCCUCUGUUGCCAGUGACUGGAACAGCCUCUGCCCAGCCC